UGUAGCUCAUCAGAUUCUGAUCUGCAGUGUCGAACGUAACGUGUUCAGCUACUUCGCUCUACUCCAAACUAUUACUUCGCUUAGUGCUCUACUCCAAAGAUAUCACACCACACAGUUCAAUCAUGAAGUGCAUCGUAGUGCUUGUCCUUGCCGCAACGGCGCUGGUUGCUGAGGGCGGCGUGAUCCCGUGGGUACUCGCACCAGGAUAUGCAGUCGCCGUUCCUCCCGGUCUUGCCAUUCCUGGCUCAACCGUCAUCCAGUCCAAUCCACCUGCAACGGUCGUGCAAGCGCUGCCGGCACCGAUCGCCGUCGACGUGUCCGGAAGCCCCACACUGCUCCUGGCGCCAUCCCCUGCCGGUCCGGCUGUAGUUGCCCUUGCUCCGGCUGCCGGUGCUACGGCCGUUUCGGCUACCCGUGGUGCUGUCCAUGUUGCUCCCCUGCCCGGACACUCGGUGUCCCAGACGCAAUUGAAUCUGGCGCCAGCCCCGGGAUCCGAGGAGUAGUGGACCUACGUUCAAACUAGAUCAAUUUCAACGACAGUGUUCUGAGGGCUCGCUCGUCCCGAGGCGUACCUGUUUAGUCAAAUGUCUUCCAAAGUCUGGUGCACCUUGGAGAGGAGUGUGACGCCCGUACCCCAAAUUCUGCCCACCUGAUCGACAUGCUUUAUCUAUUAUAAAUGUGCACAUAAAUAAAUGCAUGCUUCAAGCAAUUGCUAGAGCCUCUGUUGCUAUUAUUCUCAUUGAAGAUUUCAUCGUAGAAGCCCCACAUAAUCAUGUAACUUCAUCAUUAUGUCUCCACUAUCUCCUUCGACACCUAAUCCAACGAACACACACUAUCUUAUCGGUCCUGACAACAUUCAUCACAGCUCCACCAGCUCACCAACAGCAAUUGUGGGUCAAGUGCAAGCAUAACUUUCACCCUCCGAUGAACUUUCGGCCGACUAUCGCACUUCGCAACCUCACCGACUGGCACUCACGCGCGACUCACCGGAGCACCGGUCCAGUGUUACAGUUUUACGAUCCACUAUAUCACAUCGGCAUGUCUGCACAAUUGGACCACCAACGAAAAGCGGCAUUGCAUAAGGCACCAAAGUCUGAAGUUGCGCAGAUGCAUCCGCUUUUUUUUUUUGAACCCGACGGUACGUACAUCGAUUCCACAUAUCUACCUUAUAAAACGUGAUCACCACCGUUGAGGAUGAUCCACUUUGUGUUUGACCGCCACAGACGCUAGGCAUUUUUGGAGACGGCGACCCACACGCACCACACGAACCAUGAAGCUAUUUGUCACCGUUUUGCUAUCGGUCUACGUCACGCACUGCGCCGCACAUUCCACCAAUUUCGCCCUUUUCACACCCUACCAACCGGUCCAUCCGCUCGAUGAAGGAUACUUCCCCAGGCCAAAGUACUUUGACCACGUAGAAACGGGAUUGCUCCAGCAACAUCCUGUAGUGAGAUUUCCCGAUCAUCACGCACCACACUACGAAGGACCUGUGCCCGAGCUACACUUUGCACACGCACUGCACCAACAAGCGGCUCACCAGCAAGCCCACCACACCCAUCAUCAUCCGGAACUGUUCCUUCCGGACAAUCGGUACCUGAGCUUCGUCGCACCGUCCUCCUCCCUAGUGGCGUACGUUCCCGUGCAGCGAGGCAAACCCGGUCCUUGGGCCGUACCGAACGUGUUCAUCAAGGGGCAGGGCUACAGCACCAAUCAGUACGUUGCACCGACCCUCAUGCAGAAGCUGCUCGCUCAGGACCCUCGGUGAGCCAUGGCUGUGGAAAUUCUCAAAGUGUGUAGAAACUAAUGACCACGCCUCGUGUUCCGGUGGGAUAGUGUACUUGCGAGAAAUACAGCUCUGUUUAUUGACUAAUUUUUA